GAUCUGAAUAGUACCGUUUUUGUUUGACAUUCAGGGUAGUGGCGUGAAUUUGGUUCGUGUUAAUGUAUUUAUUGUUGGUAAUUUAGUAUGAUUUGUUCAUCCACAACAUUUUUUGUUUUUGUGGUAUUUAAAAAAAUUUCCCGUACAGUAGGUGGCGGCAAUACACUUUAUGAGUGUAGUCCGCCAAUAAACAUCAGCAAAGAAGAAGGUUAUGAACGCAGCACAAGACAUUGUCAGCGGGUAUGGUUUGUUUGUGACAGCCAUUCUUCCUUCGUUGACGAAGCCAUAGUAGCUGAAUACCCAACUCUCAGUCGACUGAAAAUGUCUAAACUACAGUUGUUACGUGUGUUUUUAAAUGAGCGUUUAACGGCGGCUGCUGUGGAGAUUUUCGGGGCAGUUGAGAAAACGGUAGUGGAGUACCAGGAGGAGAAUGAUCGGCUACGGAGACUGCUGGGGAUCACACCGGAGAUACAACUAUGUGGAAUAGACUCCCUGCAGCUCUCUGUCUCUGAAGAGGAGGUUCCCCCUGAGCAGCAGCACUGUGAGCAGGAGUGGAGCCCCAGUCUGGAGCAGGAGGACACCGAGCCCACACAGAUUAAACAGGAACAGGAGGAACUGGGAACCAGUCAGGAGGAAGAGCAGCUUCAAGGGCUCAUUCAUACCAAAGACUCCAUAUUCCCUUCAACUUCCGUGAAAAGUGAAUGUGAUCAGGAGGACCAUCUUUGGUUCUUGACUCUUCCCCAAACCCAGACUGUGGAGAACAGAGAGAGUGAACCUAAACCAAUGCAUCUCACAUCUUUUGGCACCAUGACCCACCUAAAGGGUCUCAACAUUCACUGUGACCCUCCAGAUAAUCAAAACAAUGCAUCAAGCCACAGCUCAGCUGUAAGCAUUGACCCAGUAAGACUUUACAACAGUCCACUAUUGGAUCCCAGCCCACCUUUGGAUCUCAAUCGACCAAUGGAGAAACACCGUUCCAAGCCCAGCAUCAUGUCCAGAAAAGCUCUGGAAGCUGACCUGCAGAGGAAUGUGACUCUCGCCAAGAAGAGCCUAAGUGAAUGCUACAACUCCACCUGUAAACUGAAGGCCCAUGUCCGACUCUGUCAUGGUGGUAAACCCUGCACCUGCCCCUUUUGUGGCAAGAUCUUCAAACAAAAAGGACAUCUAUCCAGGCACAUGAAUAUUCACACAGGAGAGAAACCGUUUACCUGUGGUGACUGUGGGAAAACCUUCAAUCGCAAGGAGCACCUAACUAAACAUAGACAGACUCACACAGGAGAGAAACCCUUUAGCUGUGGUGACUGUGGGAAAAGCUUUAAUCGCAAGGAGCACCUAAAUAAACAUAUACGCAUUCAUAGAGGAGAGAAACCAUUUAGCUGUAGAGACUGUGGAAAAAUGUUCAAUCGGAAGGGAAACCUGAAUUUGCACAUACUGACUCACACAGGAGAGAAACAACAUGGCUGCUCAGUCUGUGGUAAAAGAUUCACUCAGAAGACUCAUCUGCUGAAGCAUAUGGACAAUAUCCACAAAGAGGGAAAAACAGACAGAAGAAAUAAAAUCUUCAGUCAGAAGAUGGGAAUAAAAAGACAGGAUGUGGACAACACUCUUACAAAAGGAGAGCAACUCCAGACCAUUCAUACUGUGUCUCUCAGAUGAAUAAAUGUAUCAUAGAUUGUCAUAAAACAUUGUAUGUAAAUAAAGUUUGAUUUGGAUUUGAA